ACACCGCUCUUUAAGUUAGAAAAUAGUUAUUUACCAAAAACCGAUUGGUAUGGCUUCUAGACGAUUUUAUAGACAACUUCAUGCUUUAUCAAACAUCGCUAGAAAAUCAUUUAAAGCAGGUGCUGCCGUAGUAGUUGGAGUUGUUGUUUACAAACACUGGAGCAGUGAUCACAAUGCGUUACAUGCCUCAUGGACGACAAGUUACGAACCAACUGUCAAGUGGGAUCCAAAUUGGGAUAGACGAGAUCCAGCAAGCUUGAUUCCUCCCCCUAAACGCAAAUGUGAAGAAGAAGUGGAAGAAUACAAUAAAUUGGUGGCUAACUGCACACCAACAGCCAGCCGUCACAUCCUUCUGAUUCGUCAUGGGCAGUACUUUGAUACUGCACAUGUAGAUAAGGAAAGAUUUUUAACAAGUAUAGGUCGAAAUCAAGCUGAACUGACAGGCCAGAGACUUAAAGAUUUGGACUUACCUUACACAAUACUUAUUUCUUCAACUAUGACAAGAGCUAUAGAGACAGCACAAUUAAUUCACAAGUAUUUACCAGAGCUUGAUUACAAACAGGAUGACAGCUUAAAAGAAGGUGCACCCAUUCCACCUGAACCUCCAUUAGGCAGCUGGAGACCAGAACAGAAGCAGUUUUUUCAAGACGGAGCAAGAAUAGAAAGUGCCUUUAGGAAAUAUUUCUAUAGAGCUGAUCCCAGUCAAAAGGAAGACACAUAUGAGAUCAUAGUAUGUCACGCCAAUGUCAUCCGCUAUUUCAUAUGCAGGGUACUUCAGUUUCCUCCAGAUGCCUGGUUGAGAUUUUCUCUAGCUAAUGGUAGUAUUUCACAUGUUUGUAUACGUCCUAGCGGGCGAGUGACUGUCAAAGCUGUGGGUGACCAUGGGUAUAUUCCGGCCAAACUUGUAACAUACAAGUAGUAUUUUAGUCAAACAUUGUUCCCUUUUACUUUUUUUUACUUUUUUAUCCCCUAAAGCGUGUAAAAAUAGAAUCAACAUUUUAAUGUGACAUGGCUUGACAUACAGUCAUGGUGUGAUUAAUUUAAUGGAGCAUAUUUUUCUACAAUUUUUUGUUGAUCAAAGUUUUUUAACUUACUGGAUAACAAUGAGUAUGAAAAUAUGCUCAGAUAAUUUUAUGUUAAUGUUAAUUUUUGCCUUUUUUACGCACUGUGUAUCUGGUUUUUAUUUUUGCAGUAUUGAACUUUACUUUGUAAUAUAAAGAUAUUUUUGAAUAUAUAAUAAACACAUACAUCCUAGCAAUAUUUAAAAACAAUUAAUAAAACCAACUCAAAUUUUAAAGUCACUAUGUGGUUUAGAAAGCCUAAUACUGCCAAUUACAAUAACCAUCACUUAGUAUUCUAUUCCUUUACAUUUGUACAUUGUUCAUAUUUAUUUAUAUACAUAAUUUGUUGACUCUUUUGACAAAGUUCUUUAUGAUUAAUGUACAAUAAGCACCUGGAUGUGAAAAUGAUACCAUUUGAAGGUAUUUUAUUUAGUGUUUAAGUCCUAGAUGAUAAUUAAACUUUUACAUAAUUUUAAGUUAUACUUAGGUGGCUACUUUUACUGUAUGUUUUGUGUAUUGCCAUUGUUAUUAACUUUUUGAUAAAAAACUUUAUCAGUUAUCUUGUGUCUAUUGUAAUGUUCAAAAUUAUUACUUUUUUUACUAGUUAAUAUAUUAUAAAAAAGUUAAAAAAAAAAAUUAUAUUGCUCUGAAUUUGUGUACAUCUGCUGUGUUGUUUUUUUAAUACAUGAGGGUUAUUGUAACUACAAUCUAAUUCAUUUUUAAUGGUGCCACAUUACAGCAAUGAAAAAAUAACCACGAAGGAUUUUAAACAUAACUUUGCUAGGAUAACGUCUUUCUUUCUUAGAGCCCUGCAGUUCCCUGGUGAGGCAUGGCUACGUUUGUGCAUUGCCAACUGCAGCAUGAGCUUGAUCACCAUACAGCCAGAUGGACUUGUUGUCUUAGAAAUGAUGGGAGACCAUGGCCAUAUAGACCCAG